AUGGCUUUGUUCCAUAGAGAAGAUGCUGAUGCAAUUACCAAGAUUCCACUGAGUAGAAGGGUUGUUCUAGAUUCAAUCAGUUGGUUGCACAAUAAAAAUGGGAAGUUCACUGUAAAGUCUGCAUACAAGGUAGCAAGAAGAAUGAGAGGCAAUGGGAAUCGGGUUGAAUCUUCAGGGGGCUGUGUUGGAAAAUUUAUUUGGCCGGUCCUGUGGAAGCUUAGUAUUCCAAAUAAAAUAAAAAUUUUUGUGUGGAGGGCAUGUAAUGAUAUCCUACCUACACAGAUCAAUCUAGUGAAGAGAAGAAUUAUCAAUGAAGACAAAUGUCCUAUCUGUACAAGGGAGGUGGAGAUAGCUAUUUACGUGUUAUGGGGCUGUGUUGCUGUAACUGACGUGUGGGCUGGGACUGGUGGAGUAUCUUGUGGAGGACAGGUGAAGAACCCAACUAGUCUGAACAAGAAAGCUGAGGAGUUUUUGCAGGACUUUAAGCAAGCCCAAGUGCAUUUAACAAUGAGUCCAAUGAAGCAACCAAGUGGUGAAGUAUGGCAGCCACCUCCAUCAAUGGUAUAUAAGCUAAACUUUGAUGCAACAAUUUUUUCAAAAAUGGAGAAAUCUAGUAUAGGAGCAAUAAUUCAAAAUGAGAAGGGCGAAGUUAUGGCUGGUAUGUUUGCUAUUGGGCCGAGGAUUGAAACAAGUGAGGAAGCUGAACUUUUGGCGUGUAGAAGAUCUCUUGAAUUUGUUGUGGAUGCUAGUUUCACUAGCAUAAUGAUUGAGGGAGAUAAUACCAAUGUUAUGCAAGCUAUUUCUUCAAAUGUGGCUAACUUUUCAUUCCUAGGCCAUGUGGUUGAUGAUAUUCGCCAUUUAAUGGCUGGUUUACAGUGGGUUAAAACUAGUAACAUUAGGAGGGGAGGUGAUAAGGUAGGGGGGCUCGGGCCCUAA